CUGAGGCUGGUUCAGAGCAGGGCUGGGGUUGCCCUGACAUUUCUGGGAUCGCGGCCAGCCAAGAAGAAAAAAAGACGAGUGUUUUACAAUUUGCUUUUGUCAAAGUGUGGAGAAGGGGGAAAGGGAAGCGUCCUUUCUUUUUUUUUCAGCAUCACAUUCCUGUGUUUUUCUUCAGCCUGGAAAACAUAUUAGUGCUGGUGCUUUCCUCUCUGGAAACAAAGGAGCUAAACGGGACUGAGGAAGCAAGGAGUGGGAAGGAGGUUUGGGAAGUUUAAAAGAGAGACUUGGAGCAGCCAGAAGUUCCCUUUCCUUAAAUGAAAUCCUUGCCUGUGUGGGUAACCGGUACAGCAAAAUUCCAGACCUGCAGGUAAAUGGAGAAGCAGAGAUCACAAAGGAAAUUUCCGCUAACCUCAUCCCGCCAGUCAAGAAGGUGAAGAAGAAAGUUAAAAGACACACAACAGGCUCUGUGACCUGUUGGGCUGCGUAAAGAUAAAUCACUGAACAACAGUAAAGCUGAAUGGCAUUAGUCUCCUUUUAAAGGAAAAAAGACGUGAAAAUUCGUCUCUGGCAGGGGAACUUCCCUGAGAGUAUUGCACAAUGAACUGGAGGCCAGCUCUCAGCUUAGCCCUGCUGUGGGCAGCAUGGUUAGUGUGUGGCUCUGAGAAGCUGGAGAGACUAGUGGAAAGAGGGAGCCAUGGAGUUAGGAAAGUGCCUCUGGCUUACAGGGCUUCAAGCAGCCUCCUGAGAAGGUCUGGAGCAUCCCUAAGGAAUUCAAGCCCAAAUCCUCAACACCCUGUCACCAAGAGGGAUUCUUCAGCAUCUCCAAAGCCACCUGCCAACCUCCUGCAAGGGGAAGCACGUUCCCAGGCCAGGGGCACAGGGACCAGAAUGAGAUUGGUACAGAGACUCACAGCUGCAGCCAAAUACCCCAAGUCUGAGAUGAUUAAGGAUGAAGGGAUAUCCUCUGCCACCCAGUCACGAGUGGUACGUUUCCCUUCAGGGUCAAGUUCUCCCAAUGUCCUGGCCAGCUUUGCUGGGAAAAAUCGGGUGUGGGUCAUUUCUGCCCCCCAUGCCUCUGAGGGCUACUAUCGGCUCAUGAUGAGCCUGCUGAAAAAUGAUGUUUACUGUGAAUUGGCUGAGAGGCACAUCCAGCAGAUUGUGUUGUUCCAUGAAGAAGGGGAAGAAGGGGGAAAAGUUAGAAGGAUAACCAAUGAAGGAAAAAUCCUGGAACAGCCACUAGAUCCUGCCCUCAUCCCUAAGCUCAUGAGCUUUCUGAAACUGGAAAAAGGGAAAUUUGGCAUGGUACUGUUGAAGAAAACCCUGCAAGUGGAGGAAAGGUAUCCUUACCCAGUCAGGCUGGAGGCCAUGUAUGAAGUCAUUGAUCAGAACCCCAUCAGAAAAAUUGAGAAGAUGAGGCAGAAGGGCUUCAUCCAGACAUGCAAAGCAGCUGGGGUGGAGGGGCAAGUGGUUGAGGAGGGCAAUAAUGGGGGCACCAUGCAGUCUAUCCCCAGCAGUGAACACGUCCAGGUGUCAGCAAGGAAGGAGGAUCCAAGGAAGAGCAAUAAUCAGCCAACAAGGACCAAAACAGUGAGGAAACCAGUGACAACCACAGUGGCCACUCCUCUAGCUACAGUAAGGACCACUACCCUCCCUCCCACCACCACAACUAUUCGUGCUACCACCCAUGCAGUGACAACAGCCAGCCGGUCUACAACAACAACUACACUGCUCCCCAGCACACAGAGGACCUGGACCAUGAAGUCACAUUCCACCACAGAGUACCACAGGCUGCCAGUAGCCCCUGAUGCCACCACACCACGAGUCACAGCCUCUGAGGACUUCUACUCUCCUGUGUGGAAAACAAACCGGAGGGACCGACUGCGCGGCCACCAAGAGAAACAAGUGGCAGCCACACGGAAACCAAACAAGGCUGCCAGCUAUGACAGUUUCACAGAAGUUCCAACAGCUCCCUCAGUGCACUAUACAAAGGCAAAUGUGGGUAGGUUUAAAGAUAACAGAACUGACAGAAAGGAUUUUAACCACAGGGACCUGAAUGUCACACCUGGGCAACACAAACCAACUAAGAGUAAACCACCAAAAAAGAAGACUCAAGCAAAGAUACUCAGUAAUGAGUAUGAAGAUAAAUAUGACCCAAGCAAACCUGCUAGUUCCCAUUUAGAGGAACAGUUUGCAGCAGGAAAUAUUCCCCCAAAGAAAGGAAAAGAAUCAAAGAAGCAUGACCGAAUAGAUAAACCUGAGAAGAAAAAGAAGAAGGACAGAUCUGACAAGCAGCAGAAGAGUGAGAAGCAGUCCAAGAAGAUCAAAGCUGAAAAAAAGAGCAAGCAGGACAAAGACCGCAGUAAGAAGAAGAAGGGAAGCAGGACUGAGAAUGAGGAUUUUCCUAAGUCCAACAAGAAGACUUUCCUACAGCCUCCCAGGAAAUCAGCAACUAACCUCCUGGAAUAUUUUGAAGGCAAGAGGAGGCUCAUUCUGAUCACAACCCCCAAGGCGGACAACACCAUGUACGUACAGCAGCGAGAUGAGUAUCUGGAGAGCUUCUGCAAGAUGGCAACAAGGAAGAUCUCAGUCAUCACAAUUUUCGGCACCAUGAACAACAGCAGCAUGAAAAUUGACCACUUCCAGCUAGAUAAUGAAAAGCCCAUGAAAGUGAUAGAAGAUGAAGAUCUUGUGGACCAGCAGCUCAUAAGUGAGUUGAGGAAAGAGUAUGGGAUGACCUACAAUGAUUUCUUCAUGGUGCUGACAGACACUGACAUGAAGGUCAAGCAAUACUAUGAAGUACCCAUAGCAAUGAAGUCUGUGUUUGAUUUGAUUGACACCUUCCAAUCACGAAUUAAAGACAUGGAAAGACAGAAAAAAGAGGGCAUUGUCUGCAAAGAAGAUAAGAAGCAAUCUCUUGAGAGCUUCUUAUCCAGGUUUCGAUGGAGAAGGCGGCUGGUGGUGAUCUCUGCUCCCAGUGAUGAAGAUUGGGCUUAUUCCCAGCAGCUUGCUGCUCUCAGUGGACAAGCCUGCAAUUUUGGUCUGCGCCACAUAACUAUCCUCAAAUUGCUAGGAGUUGGAGAAGAUAUUGGAGGUGUCUUAGAGUUGUAUCCAAUUAAUGGAAGCUCAACUGUAGACCGAGAAGACAUCCCGGCUAAUUUGGUGAAAGACAUUCGGAAUUAUUUCCAAAUUAGCCCAGAAUAUUUCUCCAUGCUUCUAGUGGGGAAAGAUGGCAACGUCAAAUCCUGGUAUCCUUCUCCAAUGUGGUCUAUGGCAAUUGUGUAUGACCUGAUUGAUUCCAUGCAGCUCCGGCGCCAGGAAAUGACAAUCCAGCAGUCGCUGGGCAUGCAGUGCCCUGAUGAUGAGUAUGGUGGGUAUGGCUACCACAGCUACCACCAGGGCUACCAAGAAGGCUACCAAGACGACUACCGUCACCACGGAAGUUACCACCAUGGAUAUCCGUACUGAACAGAGCGACUGAGCCUCUGGCUGCCCCUGUGUCUGUCUUCCAAUAGCUAUCCAAGCAAUAGGUGGCCAAUUGCAGAAAAUCCUCCCAGGCCACCUAGAUAGCCAUGCCUCAUUCUUCUUCUGUUCAAUCAAGGGACUUUGGUAAUUUGCCUUCUCAAAAAAUGCAGAAGCCUUUACAGUGAAGCAAUUCAAACCAGUAGUAUUGAAGCUUUAAACAAUAAAGACUCCUUUAUAUUUUUAAACCUUUAUAAACAAAGGCCAUCAGCAGGUGCUGUUUGUAUUAAAACCAAACAAAAAAAACCCAUAGCCCCAGCCCAUGGGCACCACAGCAGGGCAGGAAACAAAGUGUCCAACAAUGUGCUUUUUACUACUUUUUCUAAGGGAAAAAAAAAAAGGACAUUUAUUGGAAAGUGAGAUUUCAUUAUGCUUAUGAAGAGAAACAAAGAACCACACUUUGGGUCUCUCCCAGAAAACAAAAAUUUAAGAAAGAACCAUGGGGCAUACUCUUUAAUAAUAACAGUAAUACAAUAUUUUUGAAACACCAUGUUUAAAAAGACAGUGCAUUACCAUUGUAAUUAGCUCACUUUAUAAAUGAAAAUAAGAUUUAUGGCUAUGGCAGAACUUGUUCCAAUACAAUACAAUGUAAAGUUCUUAAGUACAAAGCUUACUGCAUGGCUAUUUAUUCUUUCAGUUGGGGACCCUGUUCUCUUAGAUCCCACCCACCUCACUGUUAAAUCCAAGUUAAUGAUAGCUAAGUGGAAACACCAACCAGGGUUAGCACUGUCUGAAAUACAGAAAUCUGAAAAGCAUUAUUUUCAUCUGAAAAAGAAAUCUCAUUCAAGUAUAUUUUCAAUGAGUUGUAACUAGCUCUCUAUAAUAAUGCUUUUAAUUAAACUGUUACUCUAAAUUUCAAA